AUGGUGCAACAACAAUCAAACGCUAAAGUGUUGUACCAACAGGUCGCUUAUGGCAACAUCGAUAUCAUCAAAACUCUAUGUUGGACUAGAGGUAAUUUUCGAUUCAUUGGAGUCGUCUCUAAAGCUGACGGUUCAGUUGUUUUCGAGAUUGGUAACACCAAAGUCAUUACCGUCGUUUAUGGUCCUAGAGAGGUUAUGGAAUUGGCAGGAAAUGCUGCAAGAGACAACAAGAAAACUCGAAUUGUGCCAAGACUUCUUGGUGAUGUGACCAUUGCUAAUGGAGGUGUGAUGCCCAACAUCCACAACCUUCUUCUCCCAAAGAAGGCUGGUGGCAACAAGCCUACCGAAGAUGGCUAA